AUGUUGGAUCAAAACAGCCACGGCAGGGCUACUCGUCUAACCUUAGUAGUCUUAAUAGGUCGAGAGCUUGCUGAAUUCACCACGGGCUCUGAUCAGAUAGCCCCAUUUGGAAAAGAGGAAUGGAGCUGGCAGCAGAAGCACGCUAAUACAGGCAAAGAUAGUGCUGCCCCAAUCGAUGCCGAUGUUUUCAUACAUGGGCCAGAAAAAGAGAGGAAAAGCACCUGCAGCCAUGUAUCGGACAAAAGUGUUAGCCGCAAUAGCGCUAGCACUGUAGCUCGUAAAAGUAUCGACGAUAUACUGGAGGGACGAUUGGAAGAUGGUGGUGAAGCCAACCCCUUCGUCUAUGCAAAUCAUCUCCACAAUUUUAUCAUGGUCAUGCAGGUUCGGGUCGGUUCCGCUAGUGAAUAUUGCGACUUACAGCCAAAAAGGAAAAGACCUGAAGAGAAGGUGAAUCCGCCCACCAUCACUGGUGGAAGUCUCGCUUCAGGAACAGGCUUGAAGUUGUUGGACGAGCUUCUUUCCGUAAUAGAUAUUGUUGAAGAUGUUGGCGGCGGCGGCAAAGAGACAGCCAAUUAA